UCUUAUCGUCGCUGCAAAGAUGCCCUCUAGUGAGUGUUGUGGUUCAGCUUCUGCUCUUUCUCUUUGUGCGGAGAACAGGCCCUCAGAGCUGGGGAGAGGAGAGGGAGAGCGAGAGAGAGAGAGAGACAGAGCUUAACCACAGGAAUUGGAAGCCAAGGAUAUAACCAAACCCAGAGUGGCCGCGACUUAAAACAUCAAGUUGUUCUUCAAUGGUCGAUGUGUCAGGCACAGUGAGGAAUGUGUCGCCCUCUGUAUUCAUCACACAUAAGCUGUGAGCAGCUGGAGGAUUGACACAGCAGCUGGACUGAGUGGGAAGGGAAGGAGAAAAGUGUUAGAAACAUCCCGUCACUGAAGAUGUGACCAAUGCACUCGAUUUACUUCAAUUACCAAAGUACAAGGAAUUCUCAGGGACCUGCCUUCAAUUGUCACCGACUGUGGAUUUUCAUAGAUGAGCGAGGAUUGGAGCCGUAACAACGAUGGUCUCAGGAGUGAGGAAGGGCGUCCCCUGGGUGGAUGGACACCAGGCUCCACUGUCGGUCUCCACCUGAGCGAGGGUCCUGGGAACCAGAGGACCCCCACCCCCUCCUCCAUGUUCUGAGCUUCGUAUAACGACACAUGAUUUGCCAUGGUGACAUGAAAAGCAGGAAGGGGCAAGUGGGAAGAUUUUUAUUUUGUUGAAGAGCGAGCGAGUGCUGUGGUUUCCAUGUGGGAGGGGGGCGGAAGGAGGGGGUAAAGGAUGAGUUUGCUGGGCAGGCUCCGCCGAGCACUCAGACAGCUCACACUUCAGGGGGUUCUCCUCCUGCUCUUUGCCUUCUGCAUGGUGACUGUGUUCAUCUCGGCCUAUUACCUGUACAGCGGCAUGAAACAGGACACGGAGCCGUCGGGGGAGCUCCAGGCUCCGGAGUGCGACGAUUCCAAAGUCGCCCCCUCCAGGCUGUUCCCCACUAAAGCCGUGAAGCCUGUGGACACAUCCCGCACUGACCCCGUGGUGUUGGUGUUUGUGGAGAGCAUGUACACUCAGCUGGGACAGGAAAUCGUGGCCAUUUUGGAGUCGAGCCGGUUCAGGUACCACACGGAGAUCGCCCCCGGGAAGGGGGACAUGCCCACCCUGACCGACAAGGAUCGGGGACGCUUCAUCCUCAUUGUCUACGAAAACAUCUUGAAGUACGUCAACCUGGACGCCUGGAAUCGGGAGCUUCUAGACAAGUACUGCAUCGAGUACAGCGUAGGCAUCAUUGGGUUCUUCAAGGCCAAUGAGAACAGCUUACUGAGUGCGCAGCUGAAAGGCUUCCCCCUGUAUCUCCACUCUAACCUGGGCCUGAAGGACUGUAGCAUAAACCCCAGGUCCCCUCUGCUCUACAUCACCAAAGCCAAAGAGAUCGAGAAGAGUUUCCUCCCAGGAGAUGACUGGACUGUCUUCCAGUCUAACCACUCCACAUACGAACCCGUGUUGUUGGCGAAGACCAAAUCCGCGGAGAGCAUCCCACACAUGGAGGUGGACGCUGCCCUCCACACCACCGUGGUCCAGGACCUGGGUCUCCAUGACGGUAUCCAACGAGUGUUGUUCGGCAACAACAUGAACUUCUGGCUGCACAAGCUGGUGUUUGUGGAUGCCGUGUCCUUCCUGACCGGGAAACGCUUGUCGCUGUCUCUGGACAGGUACCUUCUGGUGGACAUCGACGACAUCUUCGUGGGCAAAGAGGGCACCAGGAUGAAGGUGGAGGACGUGAAGGCUCUGCUCGAAACCCAGAAUCAGUUACGAACUCACGUUCCAAACUUCACCUUCAACCUGGGCUUCUCCGGAAAGUUCUAUUACACAGGUACCGAAGAGGAGGACAAAGGGGACAGCCUGCUGUUGUCCUAUGUGAGUGAAUUCUGGUGGUUUCCCCACAUGUGGAGUCACAUGCAGCCUCACCUCUUCCACAACCAGUCAGUGCUGGCAGAACAGAUGCUCCUCAACAAGCAGUUUGCUUUGGAACACAAAAUCCCGACAGACAUGGGCUACGCUGUGGCUCCCCACCAUUCCGGGGUAUACCCAGUCCACGUGCAGCUGUACGAGGCGUGGAAGCGGGUUUGGGGCAUCAAGGUGACCAGCACGGAGGAGUAUCCUCACCUCAAACCAGCACGAUUCCGCAGAGGCUUCAAACACAACGGCAUCAUGGUCCUUCCUCGUCAGACGUGUGGCCUCUUCACACACACUAUAUUCUACAGCGAGUAUCCCGCGGGGCCCAAGGAGCUGGAUAAGAUCAUCAACGGGGGCGAACUCUUCCUCACUGUCCUCCUGAACCCUAUUAGCAUCUUUAUGACACAUCUGUCCAAUUAUGGGAACGACCGGCUGGGGCUUUACACCUUCAAGAACCUGAUCAGCUUUCUGCAAUGCUGGACUAACCUGAAGCUGCGGACUUUGCCCCCAGUGCAGUUGGCUCACAAAUACUUCCAGCUGUUUCCCCAAGAAAAGGACCCCCUGUGGCAGGAUCCUUGUCAGGACAAACGGCACAAAGAUAUCUGGUCCAAAGAGAAAACCUGUGAUCGACUUCCCAAACUGCUUAUCAUCGGGCCACAGAAGACGGGGACCACAGCUCUGUACCUGUUCCUCACCAUGCACCCACACAUCACCAGUAACUUUCCCAGCCCAGACACCUUUGAGGAGCUACAGUUUUUUAAUGGACCCAAUUAUCACAAGGGCAUCGACUGGUACAUGGAAUUUUUCCCCGUUCCCUCCAACACCAGCUCUGAUUUUUUCUUCGAGAAGAGUGCCAACUACUUUGAUUCUGAGGUGUCUCCCAAGCGAGUAGCCUCCCUGCUGCCCAAAGCUAAGAUCAUCAGCAUCUUGAUUAAUCCGGCAGACAGAGCUUACUCCUGGUACCAGCACCAGCGAGCUCACGAGGACCCGGUGGCCCUGAAGUACAGCUUCUACGAGGUGAUGACGGCCGGGGCGGACGCUCUCCCCAAGCUGCGGGUUCUGCAGAGCCGCUGCCUGGUGCCGGGCUGGUACGCAGUGCACAUCGAACGCUGGCUCAACUACUACCAUCCCAACCAGAUCCUGAUCCUCGAUGGGCAGCUUCUCCGCACGGAGCCAGCGAUGACGAUGAACAAAGUGCAGAAAUUCCUCGGCCUCCGAGUCUUCACCAAUUAUCACAAAUUACUCUUAUUUGACCCAAAGAAAGGUUUCUGGUGCCAGCUGCUGGAUGGGGGGAAAAGCAAGUGUCUGGGGAAGAGCAAAGGCCGCAAGUACCCAGAGAUGGAUCCUGAUUCCCGGGCCUUCCUGAGGGAUUACUACAGAGAGAACAACAUCGAGCUGUCCAAGCUUCUGUACAAACUGGGGCAGACACUGCCCACGUGGCUGAGGGAGGAACUUCAGAGCAACAGGUAGCACAGGAGGCUCUCAUCAGCAUCGCACACCACUGUUCGCUCUGCUCCACGGCCAGACACCAGGCACAGCUACAGCCUGAGCCACAGCCUCUCCAUCACUCAUCAUUAACACAGUGGCCUGUGGCGGGGAGGCUGGCCGGGCUUCGGAGAUGAUGAUGGAGACGAUGAGCAUCGAUGAUGGUUAAUCUUCCUCUGGGAAAGACUCGUGUUUAAUACGUCAUUGCGGAGUUGGAAACUUGUGAAGAUUAUUGUUGUGCUUUCACCUGGUGAUUGCGGCUCCUCUCCUCCCGAGGGAGCAGGAAAAGGGGCCGAUCUUCAGCCACAAUUGGGUCCUGAAGGAAAUUAGGGAUCUGGCAGCUGUGCCGGCCUCGGGACAGGGUAACGAGAGCGGUGGUUUUUCUGUGAUGAUUGUGGCUCGAGGGAAUGUCUGGCUCGUGGUUUGGGUGAGAUCGGAGGGUGGGAAUGCCUCUGUGGGCCUCAGGAGAGAGCAGAGUGUGACACAGCUGUCAGGGACAUCUCACCCACGAUCCCGAACCCUGAGAGAGCGAGAGAUUGACAGGUGCCUGGCCUGGCUGUCAGGAAAACUUCGCUGGACAGUGUUAAACCUUGUCCAGCGUCUACGGGCUGGUAAGCUCUCCAGCAGAAUGUACAGCCUGCCUGCCUGCACCGUGUGUGUGUGUGUGUGAUGGUGAGUGGGAAUGACAGACAGGGAGCUUUGCUUGAAACCACUAAAGACUUAACCAGUGGGAGCAGGACUUGAUCAACACCGUUCAAAAUAUCUCACAGAGCACAUUUCUCCCCUGUCAGGGCAAAACUACAGAGGCUCUAUCACACGAUUCUUCCACUUGCCAGCCACACAGGCCUGGCUGCACCAUGUUUAAUAAGGAGACAUGUCGUGUUCUCUGCAAACCAGGCGGAGACAGCUGUGUGCUCAGUCUCGCUGGGACCUGGAGAAUUCCCUACUUGUAAUCAGGUUCUUUAUCACUGAAAUAUUUUCGGGAACAGUUUAAAGCUACUUCAGAAUACAGCAGCUUGAAUUCAAGCGCAUUGCAAAGAGAAUUAUUGAUGAGAGAAUAUAGUCAAAUAUGAUUAUUCAUAACGUGUCCUGACCAGAGUGUCACGUGGGAACGAAAAGGGGGCAGAGCGGUCCCUGUGUUGGGUCAGGGCCUACCCGCUCAUAAGGACAUAAGAAUUUACUUGGUGAAAGGAUUUCCGCUCAUCCCGGGAAUACUGGCGGCUGGGGAGGGUGGAGCAGUGGGAAUGGGAUCGAGGGGCUGGAAACGGGAAGGAGAAUUGUAAUAAGUUGUGGCUUUAGAUUUUCUCGGGAAUUAAUCCCAAGUCUCGGAAACCGAGGUGUGGCCUUAACACGCCUAGUGGUGAUAUUUGACCUAAAAACUUGGCUAGUUAUUUGCUGUGUUCAGUGCUUUCUGCCUGUCUGCCCGCCUGUCUCCCCCAUUCACUGUGUGUGUGUGUGUGUGUGUGUAGCUCCCCUCUCACACCUGGAGUCAGGCUGUCAAACACCCUGAGAUGCUCCAGCACUGAACGAGCAGCAGACACCAGGUUUUUUAUGUGGAUAUAAACUUUUUAACAUGGGAAUCAAGGUCAUUCAUUAACUUAUAACAGUUUUAAACGUGUCAUUUAAUAUCACCUAAGAUUAAAUCGUCAGCUGUUCUGGAGGGUGUCAGCAUGAAACAAAUCUUUAAACCUGUCUUCAUUGUAAAUAGUGCUAUUCCAUUCGUGCUGGGUGUGACUGGCUCUCUCUAACGUCAAGCCUCUGGCUGCACCCAAACUCUCUGUGGGAAACGGAGCAGCCAUGAGCAAAACAAUUCUCUUCAGUGUUACAUUUUGACAGUGAAAUGGUUGGUUGUGGCUGGGUGUGGAGGGAGCUCACGUCAUGUGCUGGCCUGGCUCAAAGCAGGAUUUGCCAUAUAAAUUGCAUGAAAUGUUAAGCCGUUACCAUUCGCAUCUAAUCUACCCCAACACACAAAGCCCAAUUUGGGGCAUUGAACAAAAUAUCUGCUAUUCGUAACGCUGCUGUACGUGUCCUGAUUACUUUUGAACAAACUUUUACACCUCAAUGUUGGUCAUGAUUUCAGCAAAAUUUACUGAUAUUGGGUCAUGUUGGAGACUUGCGUUGUUUGUACAGCAACACUCUUCAAGCAAGCUUCCUGCUAAAGAGUCCAAGGAAUGUAAAGUCUUUCAUUGCUCUGUGCCUCUACACUGUUCUUCCUCACCGAAGCUUGGAUCAACAGCUUGAGAGAAAGAGACUUACUGACAAUGUACUCUGUGAUGUGCAAAAUAUUUCUUGAAUCAAAUGAGUAGGAACCUCGGGAAGCCUGCUGAUCAAAGACUAUAAGUACAGUAUUGUCAACCUGUUUAUACUUCUCCCUUGACUGUGCUAUGGUGAGUGAGGGGUGAGACCCUGAGCUCUGUGCCUCCUGCACAGACCAGACAGAACCAGGAACAGUGACCUGACUCUAAAUAGCAAAUGGCUUUGUUCUCUUUAUUGUUUCCCCUCCUAAUUUAUUCCUGUGAAAAGUGGAAAAUCUUCUGUUGCCGUUCCAAGCUCGACACAACUUUUAAUGUCUUUUUGAAUCCAUCUUCUCUUCCAUUCGUGGUUUUAAUUUAUGCUCUGGGGAAACCCAAUUUCAGAAACGAUUCUCUUUUAAUAAACUGGUAUCAGAUUGAUGGACAGCGCAGGGUUCUGGCUGUGACUUCAGUCUCUUCUGUCUCUACCCUGACCCUGUCCUCAUUUGCUUGUCUAAGCCACGGGAAUUGUAUUAACAAUAAUAAAAAGAUCUGUAAUGACUCUUAACACAUUUCUAGACGGCUGUGCAAUAAAGUUACUAUUUGUAUUUAAUUGUCGCAUUCCGACUGAUGGUGAAAUAAAUUCUCAUCUUAAUCGUUAUCAUUUUGAUGUCUGUUCAGUAAGAAUGUAAUAUGAGUCAAUUAACAUAUAAGCUCUCUCUACAAUGUCAGAUAUACCAACGCUUCCCAUGUUUUCAAAGUAAAGAUUAAAAUACCCUUUGCAUAUGA